AUGGGUGAAUUUAAAGAAAUUUUACCACAAGGCGCUGGCUAUGCCAUCGUCGUGGGACUUGGGGCAGUCUUCACUGCCUGUAUGAUUGCCACCACAAAGAUACUUAAACGUUAUCAGAAAGAGAUUAUGACAGCAGAGGAAUUUUCUACCGCCGGUAGAACGGUGAAAACUGGCCUGGUCGCGUCAGCCGUUGUGUCUUCCUGGAUCUGGGCAUCCACUUUGCUAACUUCAACCGCCAUGCAAUACAAUAACGGUGUCUUUGGUGGGUACACAUACUCUGCAGGUGCCUCUUUCCAAAUCAUUGCCUUCUCCAUUCUGGCUAUCAAGACAAAACAAAAGGCACCCAACGCUCACACUUACUUGGAAAUUGUGAAGGUAAGGUACGGUAAAGUUGGCCACUGCAUAUACCUGUUUUAUGCGCUAGCGACAAACAUUUUGGUUACCGCGAUGCUGUUAACUUCCGGUUCAGCGGUGUUUUCGAGACUAACGGGCAUGAAUUCCAUCGCCUGUGCGUUCCUCCUUCCCAUCGGAGUUGUGAUUUACACCAUGAUCGGUGGUAUCAAGGCUACCUUUUUAACAGAUUACGUGCAUACAUGUGCCAUUAUCAUCAUUGUAAUGUACUUCGCCUUUAAAGUAUACGCCACUAGUGACAUCCUCGGCUCCCCAGGGAAAGUGUACGACCUUGUCAGAGCCGCGGCAAAGGCACACCCAGUGGCACACAACUACAAGGGUGAAUACAUGACAAUGACCUCCAGGGGUGCUGGUAUCUUCCUCGUCAUCAACCUGGUAGGUAACUUUGGUACAGUGUUCCUGGACAACGGUUACUGGAACAAAGCUAUCUCUGCCUCCCCAGCUGCUGCACUUCCAGGCUACGUCAUGGGUGGCCUCGCCUGGAUGCCUGUUCCAUUCUUGAUUUCCUUGACCAUGGGGUUUGCUGCCUUGGCCACUGAACAUCUACCAAGUUUCCCAACGUAUCCAGACCGAUUGAGUGACUACGAAGUGAGCUCUGGUUUGGUUUUACCAGCUGCUGCAGUCACAGUAAUGGGGAAAGGUGGUGCCGUCGCUACAUUGCUGAUGAUUUUCCUGGCGGUCACUUCCGGUUUUGCCGCUGAAGUCAUUUCUGUGUCAUCCGUGUUCACCUACGAUAUCUACAGGCCUUACAUCAACCCAAAGGCGACGGGCAAGCAACUGAUAUAUUCGUCGCAUUUAGCAUGUUUUGUAUUUGGUGUCGGUAUGAGCGGGUUCGCCAUUGGGUUGAACUACGGAGGCGUGAGUAUGGGUUAUAUCUAUGAGAUUAUGGGGAUCAUUAUUUCGAGUGCUGUGAUUCCUGUAGUGCUGACCCUUUGUUGGAAACAACCAAAUUUCAUUGCAAUGACCGUAUCACCAGUACUAGGUACUGGACUGGCCAUCAUGUCGUGGUUGGUGUGCACGAAAUCACUUUAUGGCACGUUGACCAUUGAAAACACUUUCAUGGAUUACCCAAUGUUGACAGGGAAUGUCGUUGCCUUACUGUCGCCUAUGAUCUUCAUUCCUAUCCUAACAUACGUGUUUAAACCACAGAACUUCGAUUGGGAACUCUUGAAGUCUAUCAGCAGGGCGGAUGAAUCUGAAGAAAUUAACAAAGCAGCCGAGGAGGAUGACCAUGCACACGACCUUGAAUCGAAGUCCGAAUCGAUUGAGAGAAAGGAUGUGAACUCCUUCGACGGUAAAGAUGUGACUGUAGUUAAGAGUGGGAUAUUGAGGCCAGUGAACACAAUCUUGAGUUCUAUCCGGGAAGUUUCACAAAGUGAGCUAAACGAGGAGUUGGAUGCCGAGAAAAAACAGUUGUCACGCGGGUUGAAGAUAGCAUACGCCCUUUGCAUAUUCUUCGCCUUUGCCUUUUUAGUCGUGUGGCCAUUGCCCAUGUACGGUACGCACUACAUCUUCAGCAAGAGAUUUUUCACCGGGUGGGUGGUCGUCCUGAUAAUAUGGAUCUUCAUCAGUUCAUUCUGUGUGAUCAUAUACCCAUUGUACGAGGGGAGACAUGGACUAUACACCACGUUCCGCGGGAUCUACUGGGACUUGACAGGCCAAACUUACAAGCUGAGAGAAUGGCAAAACGAGCAUCCAGAAGAGCUGCAUAUUGUACAGAGUCAAUUGAGCGCCAGAAGACACCACGUCAACGGCGGGUACAUCAACAUAGAAGACAAUCUGGACGAUCUGGUAGAACGCUGA